GUCGGGGCUGCGGGGCGCCGCGCUCGGCGGUGAGCGGCUUCCCGCGCCUUCGCGGCUGUAACAGCGCCGCGUGUCUCCCCGGCCGCAGCGUGGGACGGGGCGAGCGGAGCGGCCGAGCCCUGCGGAAACCGGGGGCUGGGCUCUAAGCGCGGAGGAGUUAUAUUUGUUAAGUCCAAGGGUGAGAAGAGAGAUCCAAUUGCAUUCCAUGUGAAGCAAAGCAGUCAGUUUCAAAGGCAAUAGUGCAGUCCUCUCCAGUGACAAAAGAUGUACAAGAGAAUGAUCUCCACGGUUCCGCAACCAGUACGAUAACGACGUGACGGUGUGGAGCCCCCAGGGGCGAAUUCAUCAAAUAGAAUAUGCCAUGGAAGCUGUGAAACAAGGCUCAGCCACUGUGGGGCUGAAGUCAAAAACACAUGCUGUUCUGGUUGCUCUAAAGCGAGCACAGUCUGAGCUGGCAGCUCAUCAGAAAAAAAUCCUGUACGUUGACAACCAUAUUGGCAUCUCAAUUGCUGGACUUACGGCUGAUGCAAGACUCUUGUGCAAUUUCAUGCGUCAAGAGUGCCUGGAUUCUAGAUUUGUGUUUGAUAGACCUCUUCCAGUUUCUCGCCUGGUGUCGCUAAUCGGAAGCAAAACACAGAUACCAACGCAGCGCUACGGCAGAAGACCGUAUGGUGUAGGACUGCUCAUUGCAGGUUAUGAUGAUAUGGGCCCUCACAUCUUCCAAACUUGUCCCUCAGCAAACUAUUUUGACUGUAAAGCAAUGUCCAUUGGUGCUCGUUCGCAAUCAGCACGGACUUACUUGGAAAGACACAUGACUGAAUUUACUGACUGUAAUCUAAACGAGUUAGUUAAACAUGGACUGCGUGCCCUGAGAGAGACUCUUCCUGCCGAACAGGAUCUGACCACCAAGAACGUUUCCAUUGGAAUUGUUGGCAAAGACAUGGAGUUUACUAUCUAUGACGAUGAUGAUGUAGCACCAUUCCUAGAAGGUCUUGAGGAGAGACCGCAGAGAAAGCCUGCUCUGCCCGCCGAUGAGCCUGCAGAGAAGGCAGAAGAGCCCAUGGAGCACUAGUUGGUGGACGGCUUCCUCUGUGCUACCAUACGUGUUGCCGUACAGGAGUGUUUAUCCACCGGUGGUAACUUUAUCCUCACCUGUAUGCCUCUUAUGCUGAUCUGUUCUGAGGAUUGCUCUUAAAAAAGAAAUAAACCAACUCGCCUAUCCUUAAGGA